AAAAGAGAGAGAGAGGGAGGGAGAGAAAGAGAGGAGAGAGACCCUGGGGUGGGCUGCUGUGCUGCAAGCGGCGGGCAACACCGAGCCAUGGAGGGCGAUGUGCGUGUUCGUGCAGUGGUGAUGACACGUGAUGACUCCAGUGGCGGUUGGGUGCCCCUUGGAGGUGGCGGCCUCAGUCAUGUGGUCAUAUGUAAGGGGCGGAGCCACGAAGGCAGGGGACGGAGGGAGUACAUCAUACGUGGGGAGCGGCUACGAGAUCGAGCGCCGGUGUUGGAGUGUGCAGUGCAGAGGGGGUUAGUGUACAAUAAGGUGAACCCCAUCUUCCAUCACUGGCGAGUAGAGGAUCGAAAGUUUGGCCUUACAUUCCAGAGUCCUGCUGACGCCAUCUCCUUUGAGAAGGGGCUGCAGACUGUCAUCGACAAGCUCGACAGAGGCUCUGACUCUCCCUCAUCCUCCACGCCAGAAGAGGCCGACACUGAGGACGACGGACAAGCUUCCCAUACAGGAAGUGAGUCGUCGUCCAACAGCAGAAAGGAGAUGCUUCCCAAGCCCAUCACCAUAGUAACGAGUGAGUCGUCGUCGACCUGCUUCGUGAGAUCGGAGGAGUUUAGUUUUGGAUCCAGCCAUGCUGUAACCACUCAGACACCUGCUCAGAUCCACACGAGGCCGGGACAGCACCAGCUCCCUCAAAUGACGGCUGUGUUGAAUCCCCCGGUGCCCCCACCCCCACCUCCUGCUCCACCUACUCCUCCUGUGGGUCCCCCAGCCUCCUCGCCUCUGUCCCCCCUCUCACCUACAAUUUCUCUGCUGGAAGAGGGGGACCUUCGGAGCGUGGACCCUUGCAAAGACCUGUGGGGUUCUAGAGGUUAUGAGGAUUACCGACGGGCAGGGGCCACCAGGACUAUGGUCGGGGGACUGACUGGGGGCGUGGUCGUCGGUAGCGGAGGGAGCCACCAGGACAAGUCAGAAUUGUGUGUGGUUCGCUUUGAGAAGGAGUUGACAGGUGUGGGGACGGCGGGCUGCGACGUGACAGUGAGCUUGGACAGUAAAGCUUCCCAGCGACUGUCCUCGUCGUCGCCCACCUGCAUGUCCAUGCCCAACGCUGUGUCAGGCGUGUCCUCAGGUGCCGGCUCGCCCCAGGAGACGGGCAAAGGCUCGCCCUCCCCGUGCUGCAUCCACACCUCCGUGGCCACGCCCCGCUCACGGACUCGUAAGAGAGGAGGAGGAGGAGGAGGGGCCAGCAGCAGCAGCGGUGACCAAGGCGUGAUCUCCCCCGACGAUGACAGCCCGUGUCCUCAGGCCUCUUCGUCAUGCUCGUCUCGCUGUGUGUACUGCCGCUCUGUUUUCAGCGCUUCAGAAAAUGGGCGGGGCCGCUGCAGAGACGCCCCGGACCCGGCCCUGCACUGCCUGCGCCAGUGGACCUGUGUGUGGUGUGCAGAGAGUCUGCUCUACCACUGCAUGUCGGACUCUGAGGGAGAGUUCUGGGAGCCUUGCUCAUGUGAUGACUCGAUGGGGGGCCACCCACACCCCCUCUGCUGUGCCCGCUGGUUGGCCCUCCUGGCCCUGUCGCUCUUCGUGCCCUGCAUGUGCUGCUACCUGCCUUUGCGCGCCUGCCUGCGGUGUGGGGAGAGGUGUGGCUGCUGCGGGGGAAAGCACAAGGCGGUCCGAUGAGGCCAGGCUUGGGGGUGGGAGGGGUUCCCUGGACUAAGGGGGUUUGGGUAAAAGGAGAGAGCAUCUGUAGUGAUGCAGGAGGUGGAGCCUAAAAAGUGGGACGGUGCUCUCAGUAGACCCAGACCUCUCACAUGUUCCCUCCAAAGCCCCUGGGCCUUCCACUGCAUUCCACUCUUUCUCUUUUCAACCUGGGGCCUUCCUCACUGGUCCAUACCUGCUGACGGUGCGCUGCACUCAGACCAGGCUCUGUGGGAGUCAUCUGGAGCCUUAGAAUUAGCAGUCAGAGACUUAACGACAGGAAGAGUGGCAGGAGCAAAGAUGAUGUGUACACUGUUUCAAAUGUCCGACUUUUUUUUUUUAA